AUGGCAGCCUCGUCGUGCUGGACGGCCGCGCUGCAAGCGUUCUCCAAUUUCUCGCUCUCGACAGACGUUAAGGAACUUCUGGUGUCCAUGGCCGAGCACGCCGCACGCCAAUCGAGCUUGGUCACGUCGAGUCGAUGGUGUGGUAUGGCACCCCCACAACACCAGCACCCUCGUCUCAUCUCGAAGGAGGUCAUGACCGUGAUCGUAUACGACGUCAGGAAAGGCUACUCGGCGCUGUUCCACCGGCGGCAGCAUCGACCGCAGGCGAAUGCGGCCGGUUGCUUGUUUGGCCGGUCCGAGCCCGAUCCUGCCGUGGUUGGUGGUGUCUGUCUUGUGCCGGUCGAAGUUGCAUGGCUUGCCGCGUUGGCAAGAGUCUUGCGGCAGACCCACGCCAUCGACUACAACUCGACAGGACCCGCGUAA